AUGCGACAUGGAGGCUCUCGCCCACUCCGAUUCGACUGGUUGAGCACUCGACCUUCGUCCUUGAGUCGUCUCCGCCAAUGCUCUUCUCGCCUGCGUCCACAAUGCCCAUCUCUCGGCAACACCUCCUCUAAAGCUGCCUGGGCGACGCGAUCCUGCCGCCACGCGUCGACAAAGCCUGACCAGAGCCCGUCCUCGGUGCCGGCCCGGAAGUGGUCGACUCCCUUGGCCAAGACCAUCGCGCAGGCAAUUGAGGUGACAGGACCUAUUUCGAUCGCCUCUUACAUGCGCCAAUGUCUGACAAAUCCUGACGGAGGAUACUACACCUCAAGUCGUCCAUCAGCCGCAGAUGCAGACCAAUUCGGCACCGCGGGUGACUUCAUCACCUCCCCCGAGAUAUCUCAAGUCUUUGGUGAGCUCGUCGGAAUAUGGCUCAUGACAGAAUGGAUGGCGCAAGGGCGCCCGACAGAAGGUGUUCAGUUUAUUGAGAUGGGGCCUGGUCGAGGAACCCUCAUGAGCGACCUUCUCCGAACUAUCGGGCAGUUCAAGACAUUCGCGAGCGCCAUAUCGGCAGUAUGGUUGGUCGAAGCAGGAGAGGGACUACGAACCAAACAAAAAGACCUGCUCUGCGGGGAAAAUGCGCUCAUGAAGGAGGUUGCCGAUCAAACAGGGAAGAAUGUCUGGUGGGAAGCCACAAGCACUCAGGGAAUACCCGUCAGAUGGGUCGAGGACAUCGCACUGCUGCCGGCUCAGAACCAUCGUGGAGCUGAGGAGAUGCCCUUCAUCAUCGCCCACGAGUUCUUCGAUGCUCUCCCUAUCCAUGCAUUCGAGUCCGUCGCUCCCAAACCCGAAGAUGCACAACAGGAAGAUGCAAAGGGCCAACGACUCACUGAAGCGGGCCAACCAAUCGCAAAGCCAAUCAUGGCAACCAAACUCCCUCAAUGGCGAGAACUGCUCGUCGCGCCUACGACGCCGAAACUUACGACGCUCCUCGCCUCCGAGACCGAAAAAUCAUUGAGCCACAAAGAGCCAGAGCCGGACUUUCAACUCACGCUGGCAAAGGCGAGCACUCCUUCCUCGCUCGUCAUCCCUGAACGUCCUCGCUAUCGACCCCUCAAAGCACAAGUGUCCUCGCGCGUCGAGAUAUCACCAGAGAGUGCUCGAUAUAUCCAGGACUUCGCCCGCCGCAUCGGUGGAAGCGCGGCCCCUUCCGCAGACUCGAAGGGCAAGCCCAAGCACGCCCGUGACGAAGCCUCGCAACGAAGACCUGCCGGCGCAGCAUUAGUGAUCGACUACGGGCCCCUGGACACUGUCCCUGUCAACUCUCUCCGCGCAAUCCGCAAACACAAGAUCAUCUCCCCUUUCAUCUACGCUGGCGACGCGGACAUCAGCGCGGACGUGGACUUCGGAGCCCUGGCAGAUGCCGCUCUGGAAGCCAGCCCGGGCGUGGAAGUCCACGGUCCCGUCGAGCAGGGGGCGUGGCUGAUGCAGCUAGGGAUCAAGGAGAGGGCAGGACGGCUUUUGCGGGAGUUGGACGAGAAAACGAAAGGCGGUGCAGGCGAGGAAGUCGAGGAAGUGGAGAAGAGAAGGAGAGAAGCGGAAUUGGGUUGGAGGAGGCUGGUCGAAGGCGGGCCAAAGGGCAUGGGCAAGGCGUAUAAAGUCAUGACAAUCGUGCCGGAGAACGGCGGGAGAAGAAGGCCCGUCGGCUUCGGAGGGGGUGUUGUUGGGUGA